CGUGCCUAAAACGGAAACUGGCUGUGUGGGGAGUGGCAGAGUCAGAAAACAAAGGGAAUUUAUUCUGCUGGUGAGAAAAAAAGCAGCAGUUUACAUGGUUCCGCUUGUCUUUUAGAGGCAAUGCAGAGGCGAAGACAGCUACAUCCUUAAAUGAAUUCCGUGUUAUGCUGCUGAAUCCCAGCUCCAACAACAGAUGAAGUAAGGAGAUUGUGUAUUACAAGCAGCAGCACAGCAGAUGCUGGGGCCGGGUAGGGCUGCUGAGGUUACAGCCUGACAUACUGUGUGUACCAGGGGACCGGCAGCAGGGACAGCACUCUUGGAUUAUGUGUAGCAGCAAUGGAAAAGAAAGGGGAGGACGAGUAAUUGUUUAACUGCAUUUCAUCCAGAUCUGAUGUUAAACUACCAUUUCCGCACGUUCGGGACUGACUGGGUGCUAAAUUAUAGACUGCCGAACCACUGAGCUGGUUUGGGAAGUUUGUACAACAAUUUAAAGUAAAUACAACCAGUGUAUGUACUUUUAUUAGUACCACUUGUUUACAGCAAACAGCUAUGGCAGUAGGGGAUAUAAUGAAAUAUUAUAAAUAGAAACGUCAGGCAGCAGUAACAAUUUCCUAACACUGUUGGUUGGAUUUAUAAACGAUAAAAAAGUUUGAUUGCAAAACUGCAAGAAGGAACCCAUCCUGUAUGUUGCAACGUGUGUUGUUUCCCAGAAUGUUUUACAGCUGCUACUUAGGAGCAGGUAAACUGUUCAGAGUAAAAUAUACCGAUUUAGACGACCUUUGUCAGUAGUGCCCCUUUUUGGACCUUACCUGCACUGUAAAAUGCCCAUGUUUGCAGAGGAGUCCGAUAACAAUUAGUGAAAUAAAAGGAGUCAUUCUCUGUCUAUUAUCUUUGCAAAAUGAACGGGUUGCAGCGCUCACAAGACAGCCUAGCAGGAAAUGUCUGCAGCAUUGAGGGGCUGCCUCCCCUCCCCAAAGGCUUAAGUGGGAUUCUGAACUCCAGCGGUGGUUCUUGGAGAGAAAUCGAAAAGGUGUACAGUAAAAAAACACGAAUUCAGGACGAUCUUAGCAAAUCCAGGACUGCUACCGAAAAGCUUAUUAAAUCUAAACCGGCUAACCUGGAUGCAGCACUCGCAAUUCUCAGGAAGGAAAUGGUUGGUUUGCGUCAGUUGGACAUGUCUCUGCUGUGUCAGCUCUGGUCUCUUUAUGAGUCCAUCCAAGAAUAUAAAGGCAUGUUUCAAGAUAUGUCAUCGUCCAUGCACUCGGAAUGCUCCUAUGCUGCAGAAAAUGGCUUUUCCGAUGAGGAAGACAUGGAUUUUGAACCAGAUAGUAUCAGUUCUGAUGUCAGGAAGGAUGAUUCUCCACUAAACCGACUUAGUGUCCCACAACCUCAGAACUCUCGAGAUCAGUGGAUCCAAGAUUCUUUUCAUAUCGCUAUUUAAAAACAUAUAAAUCUAUAUAAUUAUUAUUAUUAUUAUUUUUUGUUAUAAAUUUCUAUUCCUUCAGUUUUUAAUAUAAGCAUACUAAGGUUUAAUAAUGUAUAUACUAUGAGUAGUACCAGUAUAGCAAAAAAGGAAUGACAUGGUAAAUGGUGUUUCUGUUUGCCGAAAUAAAAGGAGCGUACCCAGUGGUCACAGGCCACAGGAAAAGUUA